AUGGCGACCCCGCUGGUCGGUACUGCCAUCAUCACAGGAGGAAAUGGGUCGCUCGGGUCGGAAAUAGCCAUCGGGAUUGCGAAAACUCAGCCAUACGUCCACCUGCUACUUGUUGCGCGCGAUAUCAGAUCUGAGAGCGUCAAAGAUGUGAGGGAACGAAUCCGACUGAUUGGGCCCCGGUCCCUCGAGUUUGUCAAGGUAGACCUCGCAAGUUUCAAUUCGGUUGUCAGCUUCUCCGACAUUACAGUUGAGAGGGUCCAAAAUAAAGAAAUUCCUCCAGUGACACUAUUGAUCAACUGCGCCGCCAUGUCGUCAUACGUCACCGACCAGGUAACACGAGAUGGCCACGACCCUGUCUACCAAACGAACUGCAUCGCGCCAUUCUUAUUGACGGUCAGUCUGCUUGAAGCAUUCAGAGCAGGUGAUGGCACCCCGAAUGGCGGCGCACGGGUGAUCAAUAUUGGAUGUUCUUCCAUGUCAAAGGGUACACCCGACUAUUUUGAGAACCCAGAUCCAAAUGUGAGCAUAUGUCCUGGAAAGCCGCUGGGUGCGAAAGAAGCGACCAAGCGCUUCGGAAGUAGUAAGCUCUUAAUGAGUGCGGCUAUGUAUGCGCUGCGGCGAAGCUUGGUGUUGACCGGAAACAUUUCCCUCAACAUAUACACCCUCGAUCCAGGAGGAAUGACCAACGAUGUGCACUCGGCAACUAUCGCCCCAUUAUCGGUGAGAAUGGCCCACCAAACACGAUCUGGGCUUCGACCGUUCCUGCGGGUAUUUUCCAAGAGUGCCAUCAACAAGGCUAGUGUUCCAGCCAAAGUGAUAUCGAAAGUUGCAUUCCAGCGCGACACAGUGGAGAACUGGGGCAGGGAACGGUAUUAUAUCUUGGACAGCGAGUACGAGGCCGGAUCCGUCAUUCCUGCGAUACGAGACCACAAGCAAAUGGAUGCACUGCUAAAGAAAAUGUUGCAGCAAGUUGAGGUCGGGGUCAAGGGGAUGGGUUCCCCCUCCUCAAGGGUAUCGCGGUUAAGUGGCUGA